UCCAUCUCUGACUUUCUUUCUCAGAAGCAGCCGAAAAGUUUUACAAGUAAGCUCGCCUGAAGUUUGUCUAUCACGAUAAAGUUAUAUAAACGCGCAAGGAUGAAGUAAUCACGUUCAUGACGUCAUGUUUAUUCAUCUACAGGAAGGAUUUUAUAACUUCAUUUCAAAACACUUGGGCCAUGUUGCACAAGAGUGCAGGAUAUAACCGAGCCGCUAUUGUUCUUCUUCUUCACUUGCUGCUCUGUUCACUGGAUUGACGACACGGUUUGGUGGAUUUUGCUAUUUGUUUUUUUAAAAUAUAUAUAUUAUAUAUAUAAAAAUAAGUGUUAUUGACCUACUGACAAAAACGAGCAGAAUGCCAGAGAAAGGUUUGCGCAUGGCCGCCACGGCGCUUCUGCUGCUCGGCUUGAUCUCGCCUUUGGGAGCUGAACCUCCUCCAUCCUGUCAUGGAGCUUACGACCUCUACUUCGUGUUGGACAGGUCAGGAAGUGUCGCAUCUGAUUGGUACCAGAUCUAUGAGUUUGUGAGAAACCUCGUCGACCGAUUUGUCAGCCCCAAUAUGAAGGUUUCAUUCGUUGUUUUCUCGUCAAACGCAGAAGUAAUUUUGCCUCUCACUGGAGACAGAGCAAAGAUAGAGGAAGGCCUACAGAAACUGAGUGAAGUUAGACCUGCAGGUGAUACAUACAUGCAUGAAGGAAUUAAAAUGGCAACUGCACAGAUGAAAGAACAGAUGAAAAAGUCUGCAAGCAUCAUAGUUGCACUGACAGAUGGAAAGCUUUCUGUAUAUGUCCAUGAACUUACUGUACAAGAGGCAGACACAGCAAGACAGUACGGAGCUCGGGUAUAUUGUGUUGGUGUGAAGGACUUUGAUAAAGAUCAGCUGGCUGGUGUGGCUGACAGUGAAAACCAAGUCUUCCCAGUCAAAGAUGGCUUUAAGGCUCUCAAAGGAAUUGUUAAUUCGAUUCUGAAGCAGUCAUGCACAGAGAUCUUAACAGUGGAGCCAUCCAGCGUCUGUGUGAAUCAGUCUUUUAACAUGGUUCUCCGGGGGAAUGGAUUUACGCAGGGGAGAGUCCAAGAUGGAGUCCUUUGCAGCUUCCUGGUGGAUGGUCAAACUUUCACUGAGAAAUCAACCACAGUGCGAGAUGACUAUGUGCUGUGUCCUGCGCCAAUGCUUCAGUAUGCUGGACAACAAAUGGAAGUUCUUAUCAGCUUGAACGGAGGCAAAUCCUUUGUUACAAGUCCUUUCAUCAUCACUGCUUCAACUUGUUCGGAUGGUACCAUCGUGGCCAUUAUAUUUCUGGUGCUGUUGCUCCUUAUUGCUCUGGCUCUCAUGUGGUGGUUCUGGCCUCUCUGCUGCACUGUGGUUAUUAAAGACCCGCCUCCUCAAAGACCUCCUCCUCCACCACCUCAACCAGAAGAGAGUCCACUUCCCAAGAAGAAAUGGCCAACCGUGGAUGCUUCGUAUUAUGGAGGAAGAGGAGCCGGAGGUAUCAAACGCAUGGAGGUUCGGUGGGGAGAGAAGGGCUCAACAGAGGAAGGGGCGAGACUGGAGAAAGCCAAGAAUGCAGUGAUUUCAGUACCAGAAGAGGUGGAAGAGCCGAUGAUCUCAAAGCCCAAACCAUCUGCACCUGCUUACCAUCAACCUGAAACUAAAUGGUACACUCCAAUCAAGGGUCGUCUGGAUGCACUAUGGGCUCUACUGCGGAGACAGUAUGAUCGGGUUUCUCUUAUGCGACCCAGUGCUGCAGAUAAGGGACGCUGCAUGAAUUUCAGUCGAGUCCCUCGUCACUAGACAGACUUCAAUCAUCAAAAUGUAAGGAUUGAGAAAACAUCAGAGGAAAAAAAAUAGUGAUUUCAUGUGUGUGUGUGUUUUUUUGAGACAAUAUCCUUUGUCCUUUGGCUGUUGUGUUACAGCAUGUAUAUUAGGUUAAUAAUCUUUGAAUUUUAUUCAAAUUUAUAUUGGCCAUUUCAUUACAUCUGAACUUGUUUCCCAUUCUAAAGACUUAAAUCCUGGUUUUCUGAAUGUUUUAAGCUUAAUUUCUGAUAAGCACAAUAGUUUGAGACAGAUAUGGAUAGUAUUUUUAUACACACCAUGGGCUUAACAUAUUCCGACCAUAUUGUGUCUUAUGUGGGGGGCGGGAAGAAAAAGCUAAUUUUAAGGACACAGACGGAGGCUACUUUGGAGGGGAAAAUAAAAAGAGGAAGAUUGUUUGCCGUUGGAGUCAAUAAUCCCAGUAGGCUUGGUGAGUGCAGAAAGUCCAGUGCCUCUUGGCAAUGUCUCACCACAAAGCCUCGCCAGUAUCGCCCAGUGCCUAGCGGGACCACUGACUGCAAAUCCUGUCAUUUUAACACUGAGAAGUGCACACGCAUGACAAACUGUAGACAGAACGCCCUAAGGUCUUGGACGCGCUAGGACUUUGCCCUUUAGUUUCGUGGAGACACCUUUCCAUCAUCAUGCACUCGGGAAUAGAGAAAUUAACAGAGCGUUAUUUUACCACGAGACAUCACAUAAACAAAGUGGCUACUUUUGAGGGACUUUAAGAGUUGUGUGUGCGAUUUUUUUUUGUCACUAAUACACUGACUAUCACGAUUUAUAAAUGCAAAUACUUUUAACAUAUAGAUAUAAAUAUAGAUGUGGACUUAAAUAUGACUUGAUGACUUAAAAGUAUCAAAAAUAAUUAAAAUAAUUGAAGGCAAGAGCAAGCAGCAGCCUGCGAAGUAUGUGCUCAUGUUUUUUGGGGGUUUUUUAUGCCUUCUGACACUGAAUGACCCAUUACUCUCUCUGCAUCAACUGGAAUUAAAAGACCCAUCAUGCAAAACCCAAAAUGCAAAUUUUGAAAAGGUGUCAUAUGAACGAGUAUUGUUCAUUUCCAGAUAUUAUCCUCAUCUAUCUCACUCUCUCUCACACACACGCACAUACACACAAAAGUAAGCAAUAUAUAUAUAUAUAUUAUUUGUACAUUCGUACGAUGCGCUGUCAUGAUGCCGCUCAGGAAAUGAUGCCAGUACAGUUAGAAAUGCCAUCGGGGGGGAAACAGGGCAGCAGCUGAGGGGGAAAAAAAAGGCUCGAACGAUCCAGUCACUUUGGAUGCGCUACUUCAGAUGCAGAAUGGAUAUUCGAGUGGAAAUCUGACAAAGCGCGCCAGCUUUGAUGGGAAGCGGUAUAGACAAUGACCAGUGGCUGGGUCAGUGGGAUGUCUCGAUGCAAGCAGGGAAGCUUAUCAAAUGACACUAAAAAUAAGUUCAACAACCAUCAAGUUUGAGGGGGGAAUGGAAAAGGGGUGCAGACGCUUCCAUUCGGCGUGCAGGCGAGAGCUCGGAGACAGUAGGGGUAUUGCCGUAGCACGCCGCUCUAAUUAUUCUUUUGUUAUCUUCAUUUGAAUUUUAAACGCCAUGAUUUACUCCUCAGGCCGCAAUUCAAAAAAAAAGUCUCGGAAUAAACAAAAAAAAAAGGAAAAAAUAAAUCAUAUUUGCAAGAAACUCAUUCCAUUUUUUUUUCCGACAUGUACAAAAAUUUGUUGCCUUUUCUUAGUUUAUUUUAUGUCACGGAUUCAUGAACUGUUACUCAUCCUCAUUAGACAUGUGCACAGCGGUAACACAGCUUUUUAUCUUACUAUCUCCGCAUGUAAAAGUUAGCACAACAAUUCAGCCUUGUGCACUGUUGUGGAGAGUUUGAAGGUUAGCAUAACAUUUUCUUAAUUUGUAAUUUUUGUUUUUUUAAUAUAUACAUAUAAUAAGUAUUUUUUUCUUUCAUUCUGUUUUUCUGUUCAAAGCAUUUUAUAUUUAUGUGUUUUAUAAUCAUCACAUUGAGUCUUUCUUUUUUUCUGUGUGCACAAUAAUGUACUUUCGCAGGGAUGAGUGGCUUCCCUUGGACUGAAAUACCAGUCUUGUUUUGCACCUUUCGUAUUUACAAGACUGAAUUUCAAAACGUAUUUCUGUUUCUUACUCUUCAGUAAACAACACCGUCACCAUGCAAAUGUGUUAUUAUUAUUAUUAUUAUUAUUAUUAUUAUUAAAUGUAAUAUUUUUAUACUCCUUCAUUUUAAGGUGACAUGCAAAUAAUAAUAAUGAUGAACAGAAAAUGUUAAGUAUUUUUUAUGAAAAUAGUUCAUUAAAAAUGUUUUUAAUAUCAUUUUUGUUUGUUUUUUUUAAUGAAAUUAAAUCUUUGAUAAUGCUGUGAUUUUCAACAUUGAAUGUGUAAUUUAAUUGGCAUCAAAAGAAAAAAAAGUGUAUAUUUUCAGGAAUAAUUUAUUUAACAAUAACAUACAAGUUCAUGUGGAGCUGCUCCAACGUUACGAUACUCCAUUUAUGUCCUUUUUUUUAAAUAUUCCAGUCAUUCUCAUUCAUAUUCAGUAUUACUAAUUCUACUCAUCAUAUGCAUAUUGAAAAUGUGAAAACUGAGUGAAAAAAGUUUGCUGGCUGAUGCCUCGUAUAAAGGGCAUUAUUUCUGUGUGUAAGUAGACCAGUCCAAGUUUAUACAUUGCAGCAGUAGUAUUGACCGAUAUAGUGCUAUGUUUCACGUGUGCUAAAAUAUCCUGUAGUCACCAAACCCUCGCUAUGCAUUGUGAGCGAAAUCAUCUUCAUGGAGCUUUGCUGAAACAUUUAAUUUGCAUUAUUGUUCUGUCCAUUUGUAUGAAAUAAAUGUAGCUAUAUUUUGCCAA